UGGAACUCAAAAGGGGCAGAGAAGUCCUGGUCUUUUCACACACAUGGUCACCCUUGCAGUGAAAGCUUACCGGACUCACCAAGACUACUGAAAAACAGGGAUGCAGUUGUCUAUACUGGUAUUAUGGGCACUGGGAACAUCACUGGUGUGCGUAGAUGCUACUACAGAAAAAGCAAAGCCCAUGGAGGACUCUACAGCCUGCUCAAUAAGCUGCACCUGUCUCUCUGAUGACUAUACGUUAGAGCUCUACUGCAGUGCACGAAACCUUUCACAGGUUCCUGCUGAUAUCCCUUCAUCUACACGUACUUUAUGGCUGGAUGGAAACCUGUUCACUACCCUGCCAGCUGACACGUUCAAAAAUCUGAGCAAUUUGGACUUCUUGAAUCUACAAAGUGGGCAUCUGUCAAGUCUUGAUGUCCAAGUGUUUAAAGGACUGCAUACUCUUGCUCACCUACACCUGGAGAGAAACAAUCUUCGCUCAUUACCCGCUACCAUUUUUCAAAACACCCCUGGCCUUGCUUCCAUCAGUCUCCACAACAAUCAACUGUCUCGUAUCGAUGAAAGGUUAUUUGCAGGUCUUUCUCAUAUGUGGCUCCUGAACCUUGGGUGGAACUCUCUUUCGGUUCUUCCCGAGAAUGUAUUUAAUGACCUGCAUGGUUUACGGGAGUUGGUGCUUGCCGGUAAUCGCUUGGCUUAUCUACAGCCUCAGCUUUUCCAGGGUCUUGGAGAGCUUAAAGAGUUGGACCUAAGUGGAAACUAUCUACGAGUUAUCAAGGUCAAUGUCUUUCUGAAACUUACAAAACUGCAAAAGCUUUACCUUGCCCAAAAUCAGAUUAUGACAGUGGCACCUAGAGCAUUUGUGGGCAUGAAGUCUUUGAGAUGGUUGGAUCUAAGCAGAAACCGUCUUUCCAUGAUCCAUGAUGAAACUUUCCUUGGUCUACAUAGCCUACAUGUACUCCGCCUGUCAAACAACUCAGUGACCAGUCUUAAGCCAGGUACGUUUCGUGAUCUGCAGUAUCUUGAAGAGCUCUGUCUGUCCCACAACCAAAUUAGAGCCCUAGGAGAGAGAGUUUUUGAAGGACUGAGCCAUCUAGAGGUGCUGAUCUUAGAAUACAAUAAGCUACAAGAGGCACGAGCAGGUACCUUUAUCGGCCUUAACCACUUGGCUGUGAUGAAGCUCACUGGUAGCUGUUUCCGCAUUCUACCAGAUCAAGUUUUUAAAGGCCUGUCGAAGCUACAUAGCAUUCAUCUUGACAAAGGCUGUUUGAACAAAGUAUCCACCCAAGCUUUCACUGGGCUGACAGGCCUACGUCGACUUUUCCUACAACACAACAACAUCUCUGUGGUGGAUCGUCAGAGUUUUGUGGAGCUCCAAGGCCUGCAACAGCUUGACCUAAGAUUCAACAAACUGGCAUCACUCUCUUCCUACACCUUCUUUGGAUUAAAAAGUCUUGAUUACCUCCUUCUAUCCAACAAUAUGCUAUGCCAAAUUCCUUCAGAAGUACUUCAACCAAUGCAUUACCUGUCUUGGUUAGACCUCUCUGGAAAUAAGCUGGAGGUUCUCCAUAAUUCAACGUUGAAUAUUCUGCCACGACUGCGCUACCUCAACCUGAGGGAUAAUGCGCUGACCACACUUCCACCUUUCAUUCCAGAUGGCUUGGACCAAGUCUGGCUAUCAGGUAACAGCUGGAAAUGUGACUGUAGUGCUAAAACCUUCAAGGAUUUCAGCUUGCAGAAGCCCCAUGUAGUUCCACGCCAGGUGGAGACCUUGGCAGAGGGGGAAGAGCCACACACACUUAUCACAGUCAAUAACAACAUCACAUGUGCCACCCCACCCAGUCUUGCUGGAUUGGACCUGCGAGAUGUCAGCAGUGAACAAUUGUGCUAAAGGUUUCAUAAGUGUGAUUGAAGGUUUUUCAGCUUCUACAAAUUAUUAUUUAAUUGUGAACAUUCAACAUUUCUGUAUUUGUCAUCCUAGUCCUUGCCUGUAUCACAAUUACUUGCAGUUUAGCCACAUAUUAUGAAUGCUCUGUAAUUCAUACAAACGCAUUUUGCUCUGAAUUCAGUUCAUGUAAUGAACAAUUACAAUUAAUGUUACUGUUUUUCAACACCAAGGCUUUGGAUUAACUGUGAUUUUAAUGACUAUAACUUACAUAACUGACAUGAAUGAUUACCAAUCCUAAGGUUUUGGUGGCCAAAGUCUUCUUUUCUCAAUACUUGCUUUCCUGUUGACAGAUAUUUUUUUUUACUAAUGAUACAUACAAUAAUAAAUAAUACAUAUUUCA